AUGUCCAUGGCCAGCGAUUUCUACCUGUGCUACUACGUAGGGCAUAAGGGCAAGUUUGGACAUGAGUUUCUGGAGUUUGAGUUGCGGCCGGACGGAAAGCUUAGAUAUGCCAACAACAGCAAUUAUAAAAAUGAUGUCAUGAUCAGAAAGGAGGCUUACGUACACAAGAGUGUAAUGGAAGAGCUGAAGAGAAUUAUUGAUGACAGUGAAAUUACAAAAGAAGACGAUGCUCUAAAAAAAAAACCCGACAGGGUUGGCCGGCAGGAGCUUGAAAUUGUAAUUGGAGAUGAACACAUUUCUUUUACCACAUCAAAAAUAGGUUCUCUUAUUGAUGUCAAUCAGUCAAAGGAUCCUGAAGGCCUUAGAGUAUUUUACUAUUUGGUACAGGACCUGAAGUGUUUAGUGUUUAGUCUUAUUGGAUUACAUUUCAAGAUUAAACCAAUCUAA